AUGGCUGCCAGGUUAAUAAGAAAUACUCCGCGGUAUUGUCAGAUCACACCUGUACUGUAUCAGUUGCACUGGUUACCAAUAAGUGUCAGGAUUAAAUUCAGGGUGAUACUUAUAAGGUUUAAAGCAACACAUGGACUGGUUCCAUAUCAUAGACAAAAUUUAACCAAAGUCAUGGAGAAGUCCUCCCACAACCUUGGGUCAAAUGAUGAACUGUUUCUGGCUCCACCGACGUUCAAGUCUAAAAAGAUCUUAGGCGACAGGGCUUUCCAAGUGGCUGCGCCAACUCUAUGGAGCAAACUUCCAAGUGCAUUAAGAAUUGAAACAAGCUUGAAGCCUUUCAAAGCU